AUGGAUAAUAAACAUAAUAAUACACUUGAAAAUGAAAAACAGGCGGAUCUUGGAUUCUGGUUCUCCGGGUCUGAACAUGUUGGAUUUAGACAACCUGGUCUCUGGAUGCAUGAAAAUUCGUUAAAUAAUUGGAAAUCUUUUAAUUUUAAAUGGCAGGGAGGGUCUUUGGAAGUGUUGAAAAAUUUAAUUAGUUAUUUUGCUAGUCAGCAACUUUUGACUCAUAAAACAAAAGAUGAAAAUCAAGAAUCAAAAGAUGAAAGUCAAGAACUAAAAGAUGAUGUAAGAGUUUUUCUUUAUGAACGUAUUAUUUCCAUCUACAUGAAAAGCAGACAAAAAUCAUGGCGAAAGUUUAAUGAUCUUAUUCCUGAAAAAGGAACUUCAAGUCUUUGUGAGAAUUUGAAGGCAUUUUACAAUGAUACACAAACCCUCCCAAAAAGUGAAAAUAAAUUUUCUUCGAUAAAGAAAGCCAAUAUUCCACAAGAUCUUUUACUUGUAUCAGAAUUACAGUGGUUACUUUGGGUAUUUGGAAAUAAUAUUAAUGCUAAAAUUAAACAAAAAAAAAAUUUGAUACCUUUAAUUUUUGAUCAUCUCAAAAAAGAAACUCAAUUUUGUGAAGAGGCUAUGUUAAAAAGACAAAUGUUUACAUCAUAA